UGGCAUAAGAAAGCGGAUCAACGGCCCACCUUUGCAGAGAUUGUCUGGAGACUACGAAGGCUGUUGAUUCCCGUCGGUAGCGGCUGUUGCCCAGGUACUUCGUCUUUAAAAUAAGACGUAGAAAGUCAAGACGUGGAAUCGUCUUGAAGCAUAUCCAAAUAUGCUCGAUACACUCUAGAGCGAUGUGCUCUAGACUAUCAUUUUCUCUAGAGUUCCCAAUUGCCUGGGGAUGCAAAGAAAAGGUUAACGAGCAGCUAUGGAAAUUGAGGAAAUAGAAGGAAUGGAAGUGGAUUACGGGGUACCUUUACACAAAACGGGUGUUGCGUUGGUCCCUGAUGCUCGUUCUGGGGUAGUGCUGAAGUGGACGCUAGAAAAUGCAGUAGAGAGGAACGGGGAGCUUCUUCUGUUCCAUGUCCGAUCUGUUGUCCGAACAAUUACAACUCCUGUUGGGAGAGUACCUGUAUCGCAAGUUUCGAAGGAAAAACUUGCAGCGUAUAUGGUAAGCAAGGAGGCCAAGACAGCGGACUUCUCUCAGGAGCUGCAAAAUGUCUGCAGACGUUAUGAGGUGGAAGCAGAAUUCGUUCUCGUAGAGAGCGACGAUGUUGGUAAGUCUUUGGUGGAGCAAAUUGAGAAGUACCAAGUGACAACAUUCGUUCUUGGAGAGUCCCGAACAAACCUUCUGAGAUUGAGGUCGGGAGUUUCAGACUACGUUCGGAAACAUGCUCCAGAUUACUGUACUGUACAGUGCAUAUCGAAAUCCUCGAAAUUGGCAUCAUUCAGGAAUGCUUCACCACCGCACUCAUUCCCUCGUACAAAUUCAUCUCCUGCUCGUCCGAGUGUGGCGGACAAAUUCAUUUUCCCCUUAUCUCCGUCUCCAUCCUCUAGCUGGCUGGAAGCUGACGCUUUGAAUCGCGAAAUUCUCAUGGUAUCGACCUCUCCGCUGAAAAGUCACCUAUCAAUGCGAGGAAGUGACAGUAAGGAUGAGAUUGCUGAAGGAAGCUACCAACCUCAAACGCCGGAACUAACAGUUGUGCCACCAGCCUUUCGCACUGAAGAAGAAUUCGGAGAGUCUUCGCCCAGUAGUAUCAUCAGCGAGCCCCUGCCUGCGGAUCCCAAGGUUAGAUUUACAAGAACAGCAUUUUGUUCUGACUCUCUCGUGCAGGCUGUAGAUCUGGAGCAAAUAAACAUGCUCAAGCAGCAGUUACAAAAUGCCAUCGUGGCUGCAAACAAAGCAAAAGAAUCUGCCGACGCUGAAACACUACGGAGCCAGGAAGCUCGCGAGAAGGCUGAUUGGGCUUUAAAACGGGUAAACUGGAGAUGCUAUCGUCAAAAGUCUUACGAUUUCAUGGCAUUCCAGGCGGAAAUAUUGAUGCGAGCGGUCGAGGAGGACAAUCAGCGAGAGUAUAACACAGCAAAGAAACUGGAUGAGGAAUCGCAGAAACGUGCUGAAGCUCUCACGCUUGUCAACACAAUGAAAAAAGCACUGGUAGACGAAAUCCGAAGGAGGAAGGAAAUGGAAAACAGGAUAGAGCUCCAAUGUAAAGCAGAAGCUGAGAGAGAGGCCAACAGGCAACAACUGCUCAAGUACACACAAUUCACGUUUGAGGAACUCCGAGACAUCGCAGACAACUUUUCUGAGAACAACAAAAUAGGAGAGGGAUCAUACGGUCACGUCUACAAAGGCACUCUCCACAGGACCAACGUAGCAGUCAAGGUUCUAAGACAUGAUAGUUGGCAAGGACCACAAGAGUUCGAACAAGAGGUGGAAGUGCUGAGCCGACUACACCAUCCUCACAUCGUUCUACUGCUAGGCGGAAAUCCGGAAAAGAAAUGCCUUGUCUACGAGUACCUGGAAAAUGGGAGCUUGGAAGAUCGACUGUUCUGCAAGGACGACUCGCCGCCAAUCUCAUGCCUCACGAGGUACCAGAUUGCGGUGGAAGUCGGCACAGCGCUCCUCUUCCUCCACAAGGCAAAGCCACAGCCGAUCGUGCUCCGGGACCUCAAGCCUUCCAACAUCCUGCUAGACAAAAACUACAACAGUAAGAUCAGCGACGUUGGGUUGGCAAGAUUCAUGCCAGGCGACGAGACAAGCGUGAGGAGCACAUCACCUGUGGGAACUUUCGCGUACAUCGAUCCGGAGUACCAGCGGGAAGGCAGCUUCAAUGCAAAGUCCGACGUGUUUGCUUUCGGGAUCAUCCUGCUCCAGCUCCUCACCGCGACGAGCCCGGUUGGAAUCAUCCACAAAGUUUCCACUGCCGUGGAUCAGGGACACCUGAUGGAGAUCCUCGACACUAGCGCUGGAGAGUGGCCGCUGGCAGCCGCGACGCAGCUGGCUUGCAUUGGUCUAAACUGCGCCGAGGUCCAGAGGAAGAACAGGCCGGAGCUGGAAAACGUGUUGCAGAUGCUCGAGACGAUGAAUCAUCUGUUUCGCAGCGAGGAGCGACCGAAAUCCGCGGCUCCAACGCUCUUCCUGUGCCCGAUUCUCCAGGAGGUGAUGGAAUACCCUGUGAUCGCGUCGGACGGAUACACGUACGAGUAUGACGCGAUCAUUCGCUGGCUCCAGAAGAGCGAUGCGUCGCCGAUGACGAAUUUGCCGCUGGAGAACAAGAACUUGACACCGAAUCGCGUCGUGAGGUCGGCGAUCUGCGAGUGGAAAGCGCCAAAACUACCCUAGGAUCAUCUACCUGGAUUCACGCGCAUUUCUUGAAUUUCUUGCAUCCCUCGUGUGAUCAUAUGUGGAAAACACUGGACCUUGUAAACAUGCUGAUGAACCGCCAAAAGGAGUACCAUAUCCCACACCCUUAUCAACAUUCUCAAAAAGAAAA